CACACCACAUCACCACCACAGUGUUCAUUCCUCACCAACACAAAGCUCCCCCCCCCCCCUUGCGUCGCUCUGCCGCCCUCUUGCUCGUUCACUCACGGCACCUUUUUCUGGCCUUCUUCCGCUCCCUUCUCCCAUCACAAAACCAUUUUCUCCACCGACCACCGCUGAUCGACCGACCGACCGACCAGACCGACCCACUCCUCGCCAUAGCUACACAAGCAAGCGCCGAUACAACACACCAACACCACCAGCACACACAUUAGCGAUACACAACACAACCAGACAUGUCUUCCCUUAUGCGCUUUGGUAUGCCUCGCUCUGCGGCCCCAAAGGAUGUCGUGGAGGCACCCGCCGCUCACCGCAAGGAGCGCAAGGCCCUCGGUGACAUCAGCAACAGGGUCACAGACAACAUCAACCUCACAAAGAAGCCCAAGCUCGUCCACAAGGCGCCCCGUGGCAUGGAAGUGGACCAAGAUGUUGAGGAGAAGCACGCGCAGAACGUGAUGCCCGCACCCCGGCCCAUCCCCGCCAACGUGGAGGACGUGUACGAGGACGACUUUGAGAACCCGCAGAUGGUCGCCGAGUAUGUGGAGCCCAUCUUCGAGUACAUGCGCGAGCUCGAGGUGCGCCUGCACGUCCCCGCCAACUACUUCAAGAUCCAGACGGAGAUCAACGCCCGCAUGCGUGACGUCCUGGUGGACUGGCUGGCCGAGGUCCACCACCGCUUUGAGCUCAUCCAGGAGACGUUCCACCUCACCGUCCACCUCCUCGACCGCUACCUGUCGAAGGAGCCCGUCACCCGCGACGACGUGCAGCUCGUCGGCAUCACCGCCAUGAUGGUGGCCGCCAAGUACGAGGAGAUGUACCCGCCUGAGCUUGGCGACUACGUCUACAUCACAGACAAGGCCUACUCCGAGGACCGCAUCCUCGCCAUGGAGAGGAAACUGCUGCGUGUGCUUGACUUCUCCCUGGGCAAGCCGCUCCCGCUGCACUUUCUCCGCCGCAACUCCAAGGCCGGCCAUGCCGACGCCACCAUGCACAGCAUGGGCAAGUACAUGAUUGAGCUCUCCCUCGGCAGCCACGCCAUGCUCAAGUACGUCCCCUCCCAGCUAGCCGCCGCCGCCACCUACAUCUCCCGCGAGAUUGUUGGCGAGCACGAGCUGUGGAACCCCACGCUGGAGCACUACGCCAAGUACUCCCUGGAGGACAUUGCCCCCGUUGUCCACGACAUGCGCGCCGUCCUCAAGCACAGCACCGUGUCCCGCCUCCAGGCCAUUCGCAACAAGUUCUGCCGCAGCCGCUACCUCCGCGUCAGCAAGAACCCCCAGCUCAACGAGUACAUUGAGCGCCUCUAAAUGGCGGCGCGUUGCGUGCUUGCGUUCUGCUUGCGUUGAUUCGGUGUGAUGAGCAUUUUGCUUUCCCCACACAGCUGUACAUACAAAGCCCUUGUGGUUUGCUCGUUUGUUUGCUUGUUCGUUUGGUUUCCCCCUCCUUCUUUCUCCUACUCUUUUUUCACUGUUCUGUCAUUUGUUGCCUUACUUCCCAGAAAGCCUAUUUCAGAGGUUGCUUUGCCAUCAUCAUCAUAAAAGGAUCAUCUUUCUUCCACAGUGAUGAAGAC